UUAUUUAGCUAAUCAGACACAGUCUCACCGUAGCUCGUAAGACGUUAAAACCACCUAAGCCAAGUGAAAAUGUGGCCGAAAUUAUUGUUGUCAAAGUAUUUUAUAUUGUUGUCAUUGGGUGCCUUGACCCAAUUCGCCGUCGCUGAAGACCUCAAAUGCUUCAGUUUCGCUCAGAGGCCGGGCCCACAGGAAGUAAUAAAAUCAAGUAAAGGCAUUCUACCGGGCACAACAGUCAUGACUACGUUAGCACGGCACCACGUAAUUCCAUUCAAUUUUUUGCGGGACUUUUUCAACUACGCUGCAACCGUCAAAGUUGAUUUGACCUUAAGAAGUGAUAUGGAUCAGCAAAUCAGACAUUUGGUGGACUCCUACGUCGAUGCACCGAAUAUAAUUACCAGUGCGAUGCGCAGUAAAAUUAGAGCACCGACGGAGCAUGAAACUAUAAUCAGAGCGAUUCAAGUAUUUUAUUCUUGGUUGCCGGGCAAUAUUUUUUACGGACCAACACCGGACAUAAGAUCCGAUGAUCCGAAAGAAGAAUUUGAAAUUGAUUGCCGUCCCAUAAUUGGCGACGCGAAUUUCAAAAGACUAAAGGAUUUAUACACUCGAAUGGUUAAUUUCAUGGAAGACGCGAGCCAUCACAACAUAUACACGUUCAAUUUGAUUACAGAAGAUCUGUUGUCCUUAUUUACUCAUCGAACGCCGUUCGCAUACAAUCAAAAACAAUGGGAAGUAGAUCCAACGCAAGCACGCAAAUACCGAAUUCGUCAAACAGCACCACCUCCACCUAGUCCGAGGAAGAGGCCUGCAUCAACAAGUACAGAUUGCUUCUCUACACAUCUGAUUGAUGUUGUUACGCCACCUUUUAAGAAAUUGAAACAAUGAUGUAUCAACCAACGACGACUAAAUAUUGAGUCAUAAUAAACGUAACUUUCAACGAGUCGCACUUUUAGCGCCUUAAUAAAU